GUCUGAUAAGGCUGAAUAACUCAGGAGGAGACAUUCGACACAAUAUACAUGGCUUCAUCUGCACAUAUGGCUCACUUUAAUGAUAAAGGGGCUACCAAAGAACAAAGCGAUAACCCUACUGCUCACCUUCACCUUACUGAAGAGAAAAAGAACACGUUGGGAGAGAACUUGGUAAAAUCUGGGUCACUGUAAUGAACAACAAAGGGACUGAUGGGCAGGGAAACUAAGAAGCUACAUCACAGGCAUGGAACAUGAAGACAAAAGUGAGAGUCUGCAGAACCUGGAGGAGUUUCACGUUUCAGAAGAAUACGGCUUUGUUCUCCCAGACCCACUGACGGAACUGCCAGAUUAUUACGCUCCCUGGAUGAAUGUCGCAGCCAACCUGCCCCACCUGAUAGAGGGACAUCAGCUCCGCCGGGAAGUAGCAAAGAUGCCACUGCUCAGCACACAGUACCUGCGAGGACACAGGCAGCUGCGCCUGGCUCGCCUGGCUCUCGGCUUCAUCACAAUGGGAUACGUAUGGCAAGGAGGCGGCAGACAGACAGUGAAGAUCCUUCCCAGAGCGCUCGCGGUGCCUUACUGCACGAUCUCGGAGCUUCUCGACCUGCCGCCCAUCCUUGUCUAUGCAGACUGCGUUUUGGCAAACUGGAAGAAGAGAGACCCCUGUGGACCCCUGAACACAGAGAAUCUCGACAUCCUGUUUUCAUUCCCUGGAGGGGACAGCAACAAAGGUUUCUUCCUAGUCUCUCUUCUUGUUGAAGCAGCAGCUGCAGCUGGAAUCAAGGCAAUCCCCAUUAUUGUCAAUGCCAUAUUGCACCAUGGCCUUUGCUCCUUGGAAACAGCACUGCAGGAUGUGGCCUUGUCUAUAUGCAAGAUGCGUGAAGCUUUCAAACUGAUUCACGAGUGUGUAAAUCCAGGAGUGUUUUUCAGAUCCCUUCGCAUAUACCUCUCAGGCUGGAAGGACAAUUUCCUGAUGCCGGAGGGGCUGGUGUACGAGGGGGUGUGGGACAGCCCCAAGCAGUUUUUCGGCGGCAGUGCGGCACAGAGCUCUACAUUACAGUGCUUUGACGUACUGCUAGGAAUCCAGCACAGCACAACCCAGGGGUUCUCAGCAGAGUACCUCAGUUGCAUGAGGGAUUACAUGCCAGCGGCUCACAGGGCCUUCAUUCAGACCCUAGCUUCUGGCCCCUCCCUCCGGCAGUUUGUCCUGGCAACAGGAGAUGCAGGCCUGCACGCAGCUUUCAACAAGUGCGUGUCGGUGCUGGCGGACCUACGGAGCUAUCACAUACAGAUCGCCACCAAGUACAUCACCAUCCCGGCUGGGAGGUGCCGAGUGGAGCAGCAGCAGCUCGGGGGCUGCGUCCACGAGGGCAUGUCAGUGCUCUCAGAAAGGGGAACUGGCGGGACAGGGUUUAUGCGCUUUCUCAAAGCCAUCAGAGACACCACCCAAAAGGCACAGCUCACGGAGGAGGCGGCAACGGUGCCAACACACUGACUAGCCCACAGUGAUGGCACAUUCAGAUGGGCCCCUCCAUGCCCUGCCCCUCUCCUGUUGCUGUCAGCCCUGGGUUAGCCAUGACCUUGAGAUGGGAUGGGACAGCCUGGACAUGAGGAAGGAUUGGGCCUUCUCCUCCACAGUCCAGGGGAGCAGGAAGGCAGCACCCAGCCUGAUCUGUGGACCAUUGCAAGUGGGUGCAUCCACUGAAACCACAAGGACUGGCUGGGGUCCCUGGCCCAUUGAAUGGUGCCUGUGCACACUUUGCAGCAUGGGCAAGGACAACCCAGCCAUUACGGCCAGCAAAUCCGUUGCUUUCUAGAUUGUAUUUAUAUCUAUGGUGUAAAGAGCCAUGCACACUGUCAUAAAUAUAAAGGGAAGGGUAACAACCUUUAUGUAAGCAGUAACAUCAAAUCCCUCCUGGCCAGAGGUACAGAAUCACUUAUCUGUAAGGGGUUAAUCAGUUCAAUUAACCUAGUUGGCACCUGACCAGAAGGACCAAUGGGGAAAGAAGAUACUUUCAAAUCAGGGGCAGGAGUUGUUUGUUCCCUCUGGUUAGAGAGCGACAGACACAGACACACCGACCCCGACCAAGCAGGUAACCCAGCUCCUAUUGAAAUGAUAUAUCUAAAAUUACAGAAAUUUUCUUGCGAUUACUUACAAUGAUUAGCACAGGGAAAAUUCACAAGCUAAAACAAAAGAUAAUCUAAGAGGGAGGUUUAUUCCUGUUUUUGUAACUUUGAAGUUGAGCCUAGGAGGGAAAUCCUCUAUGUUUUAAAUCUUUUUAUUACCCUGUAAAAUUACCUUCCAUCCUGAUUUACUUUGUCCUUUAUAAUAAAAGAAGCACCUCUAAAAA